CUUGAUAUUUUACACCUGAUUUACAUGAGAAUCCUGCAGAAAGUGUAUGGAAUCCGCCUGGAGCACUUCUACACGAUGCCAGUGAAUGUUGAAAUAAUGUAUCCACAGAUAUAUGAAGGCUUUCUACCUGUCUGUAACUUGUAUAUUCACAUGGAGCGCUUGCUUCCCGUGUGCCGGAUUAAUGACUUUCAGAUUGCUGAUGUCUUAAACCCAAAAACCAAGAGGACCAUUCGCUUCUUGAGUGGCAUUCUCAACUUUGUGAACUUCAGGGAAUUCCGGCGUGAGGUCUACUUGGAGCUACAGCUGCACUAUAAAUCAGCUAUGGAGAAGCACCAACAACUGGAGACUGCAAAUCAGGAGGCAGCAAUGAAGCUGGAGAAACUGAACACUGUUCCAGUUGAACAUCAAGCAGAGGUCAAGCAGCUGACAGAGAGCAUUCGGGAUCUGGAGCAGGUGCUGAGGCAGGACUACCGUCGCAAACAGAAAGGUUUUCAAGAAGUGAUUUCACAGAAGAAGGUUGACAUUGCAGACCGUACCCGAAAACUGGGUGAGCUCAAAGUGAUUCUGGCUACUUUGAAAGAAGAACAAGAGCAACUGAAAUCAAAAAUUGUGGAGAGUCCAGAGGAGCUGAAAAAUUACAAAGAACUGAUGAAAGAGACUGUUAGGAAGCUGAAGAAAUCCAAGCAAGAAAUUAUUGAGAAAUAUGAAGCCUAUAGAGACUUAGUUGAGGUUCUGCCAUCAUGCCAACUGGAGGUGCAGUUAUACCAAAAGAAGAUGGAAAGACACAGAGCAAAUGUGGAGAGACUGGCCAGUGUGUUAACAGAGGCUAGAAAUCUGGAGGACCAGAUUGAGUGUGUUCAGAUUGAGCUGAAAAAGGGGAAGACAGAUGAAAUGUCCCUCAAGAGACUGGUCACUGCAAAACAUGAGAAACUGUCUACAGCUGAAAUCAGGAUAAAGAAGAAGCGUGAAGAUUUUGAGCAAUACAAACACACUGUGCUCGAACACUGUAACAAAGUUCAGGAGAAGAGAGGAGCUGUGUACGAUAAAGUGACAGCCAUUCACAAGGAAAUCCAACAGACAAAGUUCAAAAUUCAGCAGAUGAAGGAGAAUGCUGAAAAAGAAACAAUGAAAGCCAAGGAAAUAGAACUAAGUUUGAAGGCUGCGCUGGAGAAGCGUCAUGAAUCUCUCAUCAAGAUAGCAAAGAGUUUCGCAGCCACAAGAGAAGAGAGAAUUGCUGAACUAAAGAAAGGGCUGUUUAGCAUUCAGCCUCCUGGAAGUAGUUCUUAA